AUGGACCCUAUCAAAAUUCGCGAGCACCUAACGACAGCCCUAAAUAUUGUCGCUGCCCCCAUCCGCAAGCAGUUCACCGCCGCCAAGCCGAUCAUUCGAAAACAUUGGCAGGAUGGCAAAGAGGCGAUCGCCAAAAAGCUUCCGCCCGGUUUUCUCGACGCGGCCGCUUUGCCGGCGUUGAUGGUCUUCUGUGUGUCGUUGCUGUACAUUGCCGCCCAGUUUGUAACACCGGAAAAUGUUAAGCACACUUCGAGUAGUGUCAGACAGGCGGCUACCACUUUGCGCGCCGUCGUGACAAUGGACGGGUUCAUCUGGGUGGUCAUCUCCUGGAGCAUCGUCGGCGGGCUGUGCUAUUAUGCGCUCAACAAGCUCGGCAUCACCAACAAUGGUGGGCAAAUGCCGGGCGCCGGGCGCUUGAACUCCUCGACGACGUCGGCAUCCGGAUCCGCCUCAAACGGAGCGAACUGCGACUGGGCGAACGACGUGAUCGUGUGGUUGUACGCGAAUUUGCAUAGGGUACCCGGGCCGCUGGAUGCUUGGCUUAAGUCGUUGAACGACGCGGCGAAGAAGGUCACCAGCCCGACAAAAUGCGAGAUUCUUUUCGAGGGCUUCGGCGAUCACUCGCAGAUCACUAACAGCCCGAAGUUGAGGAACGUUCGGGUGCAGAACGGGCCCAGGGAUCAUUUGACUCUUCGAACUGAUCUUCACAUCCCGCACACCCGGCUGAAGCUCGUAUCCAGCCAGCGGGCCGAUCAGAGGAUGAUUGUUACGAAUUAUGAUGUGGACAUUACGGAUUUGAGGGGCGAGGUGGAAGCCCGAGUGGCGUGUAUCGCCGGGCAGCUCUACGUGAUGGGCUGCUUCAGCGGCCGACCAGAGAUGGAGAUCCAGUUGCGGAACACGGAUGCGAGAGCGGCUGCUGAAGUCGACCGUGCCCUCGUUGAAGAUGCCAUCCGCCGCUGCCUCGUCUCGGCGGUCACGAAUGUCAAUUUAUCCGAUACCACUUCUUCGAUUAGGAAUUCGAUGGACCUAGGGGCUUCAGAUGCGCACAAGCGACUUUCUGCGAAUGGAAUUGGAAACAUCUCAAAUGGUUAUUCGGCCACACAUUCCUCACCUACAGCAAAUCCGAGACUAGGAAAAUCGCCGCAAUCCAGCUUCAACGCUUCUUUCGACAACCGUUCAGCAGACGAGGUGCUGCUCAAAAAAUGGAGUACCACUCAGAACCCGCUUCAUCCAACCGAGACGCAAAACGCCCCGAACAAGUUGAAGAUCACGGUGAUCAAGGCGGGCAAGCUGGGCAAAGGCAUUGAAGUUAACCAACCCUACGUGGUGAUCGAGACCGACGAGCCACCCCAGCGCUUCCAAACGACAAAAGGCAUCAACGCGAACCCGUACUGGGAGGAGACGUUCGACUUCGAGCUCAAUCCGGCCACUGAGGAGAUGCUCUUUGAAGUGUAUGACGGGAAGCCGAACCGACCCCCCUCUACCGAUGAUACAUUCUUAGGGCUUGCCAUCGUCAAUUUGGAGGAGGUUCAGCGCUCCAGUGAUAAUAUGCAUACCUUAAACUUACAAGGACGACCGUACAGAAAUGAUGCGGUUCAGGGGCAGCUGACUUGUCAGUUCAAUUACUACUACGACCCCAGCAUCCGCCAGCUUGGCCGUGUCAGCGAUACGGUAAUCGUGAAGGACAACACUGGCGGGGAAUUCCGGGAAACGGUCAGCACGCAGAGGAGGAUUGUGUACGAUCCACAUGAUAAUUUCGACGAUGCUAUCCCCAGCAAGACUACGACAGUGACCGUCAAGACGGUAUCGCAGUCCCUCAAAGAAAGGCCGACCAUUGAGUCCGUUCAUGGAUCUAUGGAAAACGCCAUCGACCCGGCCACACAGAGACAUUUGGACAAAUUGAGGGACCAGCACUUUGAGACGGGAAUCAUGAGCCAAUCCCUCAACAGCAACGAUUCUUCGCUUCACCCGUACCAUGAGUCGCAGAUCACGACGAUAUCCGUUCCGCCGGUGGCUGUCGUUGAGGAUCGGCAAAGUAGAGACCGUCAGAAGAAGCAGAAGGAGCCGAAGGAGAAGCGCGAUCGCUCGUUUUUCGGGGCGAUGAAGGACCGGCUGAGUGGGAAGAGGAGCAAGUCGGCAAAGAGAGCCCAAUCGUUCGACAUGGACACGCAACAACAACACCGCGAAGCCAUGUCGGUACCCGCAAGCCGCGACGCGUCUCGGACGCGUUACGAUAGUGAAGGCGGUAUCUACGCGGAAACGGCGUCCGUUGGCGGCCGAUCCGGCGAGUCGACCCGUUCCCUCUAUCAGCACAGCACCCUCGUGCUCGAGCUCAAUCAUAAGGGCCAGAAAAAAUAUUAUUUGAUUCCGCCUUCAAUGCUCACCGAGCCUGUGGCGGCAAAGCUGAUGAAGAAGGGCAAGAAGUUGCACAUCUACAACGAGCAUACGUUCGUGGCUGUGAAAGUUAGAAGCAACAUCGAUUGCGACGUGUGUCAUCAGAAAAUUGGGCGCAGCUUCUCGAAACAAGCUUACCAGUGCAGAGACUGCAAAAUGGUCACUCACAAAUCCUGCCACUACAAGUCCGACGUCUUCUGCACGCACAGCAACGUCGCCAAGCUGCAAAUUGAAAAAGAAGUGGACUGGAUCCAGUUCCUCAGCAACCACCAGCUGGAAGAGUACAUCUCGAUGGAGGGCGUC